CAAAGAUUUCAAAAAUGGAGCCUCUCACAACUAGUUAUCCUCUGAAAUACUCAGUGCACAAAGCCAGGAUCUUUGUUGUCUUCCUGUCAAUGGUUUUGUGCACCACCAUUCUCUGCCUGCUGCAACUCAGGUUUUUUAAGCCUAAAAUCAAAGAUUUUUAUUCUUUUGAAGUCAAGGAUUCACGAGGAAGGAUUAUUUCCUUGGAGAAGUACAGAGGGAAAGCAACUUUGGUUGUAAACGUGGCCAGUUACUGCCAGUACACAGACAAAAAUUACAUCGCACUGCAAGAGCUGCACAGAGAGUUUGGUCCCUCCCACUUCACUGUGCUGGCGUUUCCCUGCAACCAGUUCGGAGAAUCAGAGCCUAGCUCAAGCCAGGAAAUAGAAUCCUUUGCCAGAGGAAACUAUGGAGUAACAUUCCCUGUUUUCCACAAAAUCAAGAUCCUAGGAUCAGAAGCAGAUCCAGCCUUUAAAUUUCUAAUAGAUUCUUCAAAGAAAGAGCCUCGAUGGAAUUUCUGGAAGUACCUUGUUAGCCCUGAGGGUAAAGUUGUGAAAUUCUGGAGACCUGAAGAGCCAAUAGAAAGUAUCAAACCAGAGGUAACAUCAUUAAUCAGGCAGAUCAUCAUGAAGAAAAGAGAAGACCUCUGAAAAAGCCAUUCAACACCAGGGGUAUACAGCCUUUCUAUUGCUGAGAAAUGUUGCUAGAAGCUAAACCAUCAGGUGAUUUUGCUACUCUUUAACUUUGGUGUUUGCCAUUUGUCUGCUCGUUCUGGAGUGGCUCCUGCAGUAGCCUCGAGAACAACGGAGUUAGUGACACAGCGAGGCACUCAGUACACUGCAGGGAGGGACCAGCAAUUUGCAUAGAGGGUUUAUGAUUUCUUUUUCUGAAUUGCUGACAAUAGCUAAUUAAAAUUGUCACCAGCAGGUAAAUAGUUAGAAAGAAGGUUUAUUAAUAAAUGAUGCAUAUUUACACAAGUUUUUCCCCCAUUAUACCAGUAACACAAAGAUCUUAUACUCCAUUAACACAUAAUUGCCCUGUCAUGAAAGACAUGGGAUCCAGAGACAUCCAUAGCAGGGUUUCACAUAUGUAACUGAAGAUACCAGUUUUGUAAUAUCUUCUCAAGGAAGACUACUGAAUUGUGAAGCUGCCGGUUGCAAAAAAAACGUGCAUAGAAAAUAAAAUUAUUAAAA